AUGGCAGCUUGUUCGGCGGCGAGAGAGCAAAGCGAAGUUGCGGAUCGAAACUGUGCUUCGGCAGCUUGUGAUCACAUCUGGGACGGUCUGGUUUCUGGUUUUCUGCACGGGACAUCUUCGAACAUACGGUAUCUUCCGGCUGUUGCACUUCCAAGAAGUGCUCUUACAGACCGCCGUAAGGAUCCCGGCUGGCUAGCUUCGGCUAAAUUCACCAUCAGUCAACAUACGGUUUACGGAAGUCAGCAUCGCGACGCAGCGAAGGUGCUUGCCGGUCCCCAUUCGGUGCUUGGGAAGCAGGCUGUUUGUGCUGGUCUUUAUCUUUCCUUCCAUCCUGGUCUCAGUCACGGCGACACAGCCACAUCCGAGGAUGCCUUUGAAGGGGUUUUGGAUCUAGUAGAAAAUGACCCUGUUGAAGCGAUAUGCGAUACGGCGUCAACGAUUUCCAUACCCGAUUUUGUUAGCAUCGACUCUUCUGUUGCCCUUUGGCAUGCUGCGGAUAGGUUCUGUCUACUCCCUCGUGAGCCGGACCAGGCGACUGUGCGCGCACGCGGUGGAACGGCUUACUAUCACGGCAUCUGCGACCUUCCCUCUGAGCACUCCGAACUCGCAUAUGCGUACGAUCUGUUCUGUGCGAACGUCCGUUCUGCCGGCCUGUCUCCCGACAUCCCAGAUUCUCUCGACCUCGGCGUCCUUUCGGCUCCUCCGGCCGUCUGUCGAUUGUCGUACCAAUGGCCCAACAGCAAGUUGCAAAAGUACCAGGUCGAGCACCCCCCACCGCUGGCACCCGAUCACUUAGGUGAGAGUGGGCGGCCAGGUGCUCAGAAUUUGACUGCCGCAGAACGGUCCCUCGCACUUGAGUUACCUUUACUGCUCGUCAACCACACGCCUCCCGAAAAGAUCCUUGCGUACGUCGGGUCGCACAAGCACCGGAUGGCUGCAACUGCCGCCGCAACGUUCUUUGGGGCUGCCGGGCUCAUUGACGUCCCCGUUUUCAGCCUGGUGACGGACGGGUGUCGUGCAGUCCUUACGUGCGCGUGGGCCGAGAAGUUCGGGAGUUUUCAGCGCAUAAAGAUCGCGGAACGAAACGGAGUCCUAUUCGAUCUUCGGAAUCCGCUGUCAGCCUUCCACUUUGCGACCUUUCUCGUACGUCUCAAGCACGAGCACGGCCAGAAGCUGCGAGAGCGAUUCGAUGACCGAGCGCUGGCGCACCUGCGUGAGCGAUUGGAGCAGGGCGAGUGGGAGACACGGUGGACAAUGUCGCAUUACGUCGCGGAGCAGUCGGACGGAGGAGAUAUGUCAUAA